CCGGAGCGCUGCCACCCACCCCUUAAGCCCACUCCUGAUGCUCAGGUUGCAGCCUCUGCUGCUCAGGUGAGUCACCGUCUGAUUGCUGCAGGUUCAGGAAGCUCUCCACCAUCUACAAACCUCACCUACUCCUCAAGGUGAGUCACGCACAUUAUCGAGAGCAGGUCUCUCCAGUUGUUCCUGGGCAGGCGCGUUUCAAAGGGUGCCGCUGAGGGUGGCCUCAGAGGGGCAGGGAGCACCCAACCCUCCCUGGCAGGGGAGAAGAUGCUUGCCUGCUGCAGCCCACCAGAAAGCCCACCUCGCUGCCAGCCUUAAUCCCACCUGACUCCUCAUCAGGGGAGGGGAGCUCGCCACAGCUGGAAGGCACUGGACAGGUGAAUGGACAGCCACCCCACAUUGAAAGAAAUCAAACCAGGAACCGCCGAUGCUGAUCCGACGCCUCGGCCGUCCCCCGGAGCGUCCUGACAUGCAUUUUUGCUCACAAAGCAUAACUGAAGAAUGGGGCUCAACUUGACACUUGCCAGACUACCAAAUGACGGGGCUCACGGCCAAGGGAGUCUCACCUCAAGUAACUCCAGUGCUGGGUUCCGAGCGAAUGCCACCCUGCACAAUGAGUUUGACACUAUCAUCCUGCCUGUGCUCUACCUGGUCCUGUUUGUGGCCAGCAUCCUGCUGAAUGGGCUGGCCGUGUGGAUCUUCUUCCACAUCAGGAAUAAAACCAGCUUCAUAUUUUACCUCAAGAACAUAGUGGUGGCUGACCUUGUCAUGACGCUGACAUUUCCCUUUCGGAUUGUGCACGACGCAGGCUUUGGCCCCUGGUACUUCAAGUUCAUCCUCUGCAGAUACACGUCGGUUCUGUUUUACGCAAACAUGUACACGUGCAUCGUGUUCCUCGGGCUGAUCAGCAUCGACCGCUACCUGAAGGUGGUGAAGCCCUUUGGUGACUCGCGCAUGUACAGCGUGACCUUCACGAAGGUGCUGUCUGGCUGCGUGUGGGCGGUCACCGUUCUGCUGUCCUUGCCAAACAUCAUCCUCACCAAUGUCCAGCCCACCCAGGAGAACAUCCACGACUGCAUGAGGCUCAAAAACCCGCUAGGCAUCCAGUGGCAUCGGGCUGUCGUCUAUGUCCACAGCUGCCUGUUCGUGGUAGUGCUGGUGAUUCUGAUCGGCUGCUACAUUGCCAUUUCCAGGUACAUCCACAAAUCCAGCCGGCAGUUCAUCAGCCAGUCUAGCCGGAAGCGCAAGCACAACCAGAGCAUCCGGGUGGUCGUGGCCGUGUUCUUCACCUGCUUCCUGCCCUACCACUUGUGCAGGAUCCCCUUCACCUUCAGCCACCUGGACAGGCUCCUGGAUGAGUCCGCACACAAGAUCCUGUACUACUGCGAGGAAAUGACGCUUUUCUUGUCUGCAUGCAACGUUUGCCUGGAUCCAAUAAUUUACUUUUUCAUGUGCAGGUCAUUUUCAAGAAGGUUGUUCAAGAAAUCCAAUAUCAGAACCAGAAGUGAGAGCAUCAGGUCACUGCAGAGUGUCAGAAGGUCAGAAGUCCGCAUAUAUUAUGACUAUACUGAUGUGUGAGGCUGGGGCGGGGGGCGGCCCUGUGGGGGUCCUUGUACAGAGUGUAAAUAAAUGUCACUUUCCAUUACUGUGGCUGGAGCCCAUCAAAACAUGAAUUUAGAAAAGAACCACAGGAACGUGAAAGUGGGCGUAAUUUGGAACUGAGAAAAGCAGUCAGGCACAGCGAAAAGUGAGGUGGCGGGGGCACCGCAGUUUCCCCCAGAACACGCUGCGGCCCCCAGGUCACUUUUGCAGAGAACACAAGUAUAAAGAGAAAUCUCUUUAGCCUUGAGGGUUAAGAUUUGGGGAAGACUGCCAGGUGUGGUGGUGCACACCUGUAAUGCAGCAGCUCAGGAGGCUUAGGCAGGAGGAUCGAAAGUUCAAAGCCAGCCUCAGCAACUCAGCGAGGUGCUAAGCAAUGUACCAAGACCCUGUCUCUAAAUAUUUUUUUUAUUUUUUUUAUUUUUUUAGUGUUGGGGAUGCAGCUCAGUGGUACAGCACCCCCUGAGUUCAAUCCCCAAUACAAAAACAAAGAUUUGGGAAAGACAAGGCUGUUUUCAAACAGCCCACUAUUUAUAAGUGAGUCAAUAUUGAUUACUAGGCCUUCCAAGACCUCUGGCCAAUGUCCCCUGGCUGUGCUUAACAAGGUCUUAUGCACAUAAGAAAAAUUGUGUGGUGGGAGGAGCGGAAAGAAGUUCAGCUGUAAAAGCAACAUAUUGAAAAUGGCAAGUUCAAAAAACUGAUUUUAAAUAUGAUUUUAAAUGAAUAUUAAGAAAAGACUACAUUGGAUAUAGUCCUCUGAAGUGACGUUUCCCAUUAUCAUACUACCUUUUUGAUGAGUUUAAGUCCUCACAUACUAAAGGCAGAGAAGAAAACACAGAGGCUUAGCUAAUAAGUACAUUUCAUUCAUCAAACAGUCACUUAACAAUCUUUUUACUUUAGGAAGACUGUUAGUAAAAUGUUCUUCCCUAUAAUUAUUCCCAACCUCUAAUAGGAAUACUGGUGUAAAACUAUAGCUUAGAUGAAAGGCAGAGCUCACUGUCAAGUCAAAAUAUACAGGAGUGGCCUCUUAAAUCUCAGAAUGUUUCCUUUCUUCAAUGUACACCUCAGGGGUUCCUGCGUUAGCAGCACCGCCAGCUGUGAGAGCCAGGAGGAAUGCCAGGUUUGUUCCCUGACCUAGGAGGGAGAGGGGAAGCACGGAUGGAGGACCAGGGGCAGGGGGGCAGUCUGCUGCCUAAUAGAGCGCGCUGCAGUUGCAAGGAGAGGGGACACACGUGCACAGUACGCACGUACUUCACCCCACACCCGUGAGCUGUCUGAGGAAUUCUAAGUCAGAAGCUGAAAGUGAACAAAACUUAGGGUGCAAGAGUAACUUAUGCAGGGUGACCUCCCCCUACCCUCAGGAACCCCAGACUACCCACAAGCGAGGUCAUCUGGCAGAGGAGUUGGUGGGAAAGGAAUUAAAACAAUUAUCUGACAUCUUCUAUCAAAACAUCCAUCCCUCCACCAACAUGUCCACUCCACACCUGCAGGGGGCAUUAGAAUACGUAACUGCACACACCGCACCUGGUCAUUCACUGGCCACCCUGGUUGCUCUGUGCCCCUAGCUGGAUUAGGAAAGAUGUGCUAUAGAUGAGCCAAUGAGGUGCUGGUAGGAAAGGCUAAGGUCUCUUCCUUCCUCCCCAGGACACUGGGAAGAAUCACACCCACCCUGUGCAAGGAGGCUCAGCGUCCCAUCGAGGACAAUAACCUCCUGCCACGGGACCACCCUCUCUACUGCAUUUCCUCCACCUACAACCCACUCCACAGGGAUGGAUGCUGUUGAAUACGCAGCUCCAUCCAGACUCGGGGGUUUACUCCAGACCUGGCCCCAUCCUCUGCUCCAGGCCUCCAUUUUAGGAGGUCUUUAGGGUAUUUCAAAACCCUUUGAAUGUUUCUAAAAUUAGAAACUUACACAAAGAUGUGCCCUAAGUUAUGGGCUCAUCUAACAGGAUGGUGGUUUUGUUUCUCUGAAAUGGCAUUUAAUAAUCAAUGGGACCUCUUAAAACAGUGACUUAGAAAAAGUAGAAAGAGAGCAUUAUUAUCCCCAUUCUUAAAAAGUCAUGUGACAAAAGCCAUCAAAAUCAUAGGCUUGUAUUCCCACAAAUCAUUUAUCCAGGCAAACAAAGAAUGGAUCAUUUCCAUGAGUAAAAUAAUUACAAUAGAAACAGUCCAAAAUAUGAUUCUAAUGUCGGAAAGUAGAACAUAAUAUUCCAUUAAUAAUAAAGAAAAAGAAAAAUCUAUUUAAUUGCUUUUUCAAAAUUGUCAAUUUGGAAAUAUUCUCAAAUAUGAAAUACAAAAUCUCAUAUUCAAGGAUUUUGGGUUAAACAGGUUGAAUAUUUCUUAUCUAAAAUGUUUGGGAAAGAAGGUUUCAGAGUUUUGUAAUAUUUGCACAUACCUAAUGAAGUAUCUUAGAGACACUCUCACAACUCAUUUGUUUCACCUGUGCCUAACACACACGACCAGAAGGUAAUAACACACCACAUUUGCUGUGGCCUCUGUGCCAACUGUAGUCCAGCACCUGGGGCCAGAGGUAGAGUCUACCACUAUGGCACUGAGUCAGGUCUUUGAGCAUUUAGACUCCAGAUUUGCAAAUUAGGGAUGCUUAAUGUAUAUGCAACACUUCAGUAUCCUUUUUACAGCAAUAAAAUUCCAUUCUUAUUCUUCCUUUUAUUCAGAAGAAAAACAAAGAAUUUCCUAAAGGGGAUUUUGAUAUUCUCCAUAAAGCUGAUAUUCAAAAUAACUCAUCUUGUAGAAUAUCUUUCAAUUUGUGUAUUAUUGACCCAGUUGUAUUUAUAAAGCCUCUUGAUAAAUAUUUCCAAAUACUAUGCAAUAUUUUAUUUCUCAGCUAAAGACUUAAGAGAACACUGCCUAGGAAAAUGCGUAACUAUAGAUUAAAUAUUCAAGGCAAAAUAUUAUACGUGUGUGCAUAUGUACACAAGCGAGUACACUUUAAGAAAUGCUACACUCACUACAGAGAAAUGAGAUGUGCUAAGGGAAACAGAAACUCAAGGGGCUGGGACUGCUCAGUUGGUAAAGUGCUUGCCUCGCAUGCAUAAGACCCUGGGUUCAAUGCCCAGCAAUACCGCCCCCCCCCAAAAAAAAAAAUCUUGAGAACAAAAUAAAGCUGAGGAUUACUCAAACCCUGUACAUAAAGAUUUUUCCCUGAGUAAACACAAGAAACUAACAAAUCAAUAAAUGCUUAUUAGGCACACACCAUGUAAAAUGACAGCGAGUUCAGCAUGAUAGAAAACAAUCUCUGGAUAAUCCUAAGUGACUUCCUAAAGUACUUCCUAUCAUUGGGGGGGGGGGGGGAGGGGUUGGAGCGCACUCCCAGCCCACCAGCACCACCUCGUGGUGGUAAGCGUCAAAACAGGCUGAGAAACAACCUGUGUGCUGCUCACAGCCCGCCACCCAGCAGGGCAGCUGAGACUGUGGCUAGCCUCCCCUUAGAGGUCCAUAAUGUAACCUAUUCCAAGGUUUACCUGAGUCGCCUGGAGCAGGGUGAGAUAGAAAUAUCUGGAAGGAGUAAUUAACACCUACAGGAAGUCAUCAUACAGCUAUAAAAAGGGAACAAGAACUGAAAGGGUGGCAGAAACACAGGGAUUUCAUGUGAAAAUGUUACUAAAAAUAGUGGCUGCCCUUUCCAAAAUAACAGAAAAAUUAAAAAUAAAGUGUAGCUUACCAAUGGUUUCAACAACACCAAAAAAAAACACCAGAACUGAAGAGGAAAGAAUGAAACUUUCAGCUUUAAAUAAUCAAGAAACCCAUAAGAUUCAAACAGCAACUUUCACUUUGAAUGCUCUUAAAUUUUUCUUAUAAGCCACAGAAGAACUCAACUAAAAUUAUAAAAAUGGCCAAUGUGGCUCAUGGUCACACAUUUCUUUCCCUCUUCAUUCGGAAACUAAGAUAAAAGAACUAAGUUGGAAAUCCCAUUAUUUGUUUCAUAGGCAAAUAUUCUUAGUAAACUGUCCAGUUUCUAUCUUGAACUAUGCAGGAGAAUACCCAAUGCUUUAGUCUGGGCACUUCCACAACUCUCAGAAAUGCCUGAUUAAAUUAGCCUCACACAGUCACAAAUGUCACCAGAUUUCCCAGAGCCUCCAAGUCCAAGUCUAGGUUUACAUGCUCCAUACAAGGCUUUCCAAUGGCAUUCUGGACACUUGCACAGGUACACAGGCACAAACACACAGUUCAUGUAAGCAGGGUUAAUGGAUUCUGUGAAAAAAAUGAGACCUGUCCCUUAAACCAUGACAGUGUCUAAACAGUCUUUAAAUAUCUCAUCCAGUGCUUCAGGGGCUGACAUGCUCAAAGUCAUCCGUCAAUUACCAAAAAUGAACUUUCUCCAAAAGCCUGAACUGUUCGCAUGCCUUUGAAUGAUGGCUUCUCCUUGGUAUUUUCCUUACAAUCCUCUCCUCUGUGCCUUGUGGAUUGUCGUGCUCCUGAGCUGAACCACCUUCCAACAUUGUGUUCUUUGCCCCUUGAAUGUCAUGAAUGAACUCAAGGGCCCCUUCACCCAGCAGGACCUCCAGCACUGCUCUCCCUGGGACUGCUCACCCUUUUGUCCACGCCAAGCUCGCUGAAGCUGUGGGCCUGCUUGGGUAAGGUUCCUGGCCAGCCAGCAUUCCCACAGCAGCUACUUCUAAUGGGUUUCUCUUUACAUUUGAGGAGAAUUUCACUUCCUGAACUGUCCCUUUUCACUUCUUUGUGUUCAUCUUCAUUGGUCAACUCUUUCGAUGAGGUCUUUUUGUAAAUGUCAGGCUGUCGUUGCUGGCGAGCGAGGCAACACAACCACAAACUCUGGUGCCUGUGCGUGAACAGUGAGUAGCAGCAGGUGUGCAGGGGGCUGCUACUGAGAGGGUGUCAAAGAAGUGAAACGCUCGGUCACCUAACCAUGAUCUAUGAAUGGGAGAGCUGGCAGUGAAGUUCAUACUUCAUGCAAUUAUGCACAGUCAAUAAACCGUGGUAGCUAAAACUCAACUUGUGUUGCUGAAAGAUGGGUCCAUUUAACCGAAUCAUGAUAGCCCAAACAGAUGCAUGUCACAGCUGUGAGACCCAGACUGACUGUCUCUGUGUGUGUGACCAUAAUCACAAUAAGAGAAUCAGAGGAAUUUGCAAGUGAUAUGCAAUGCAGUUUGCAAACAGUGAAGGAGAUACCACUCGUCAUUCUGUGUGAAGAUGUCGGAUGCCAGCACCUACACAUUCAAUGAUGGGGACUCAAGAGCCACCAGGGUUGCGACCAAUGCCCCUAUGUCACCACCACCAGUGAUGUGACUUCUACAAUGAGGAACUCUCAGACAUUUCCAAAUUAGAUAAACAAAAGCUCCAUUCCUGUAAAAUACUGGUUAAUAUACAUGGAACUAGGCAAAAAUACACCUCCUGUGAAAAACAGAUAUAAAUUUCAGGCUCCAAUGUUGAUAAGCCGGUCUUGCGCCCUGAGAAUAGCUUGGUGGAGAGCACAGGUCGCCCUGGUAUGACACCGUCACCCAGGCCAGCCACCAUCCACAACAAGGAAAUACCUCAGAGUCUCCCCUCUGGGAGACUGCACCCUAGGCUACAUUCCUAGGAAACUCUGGUCUGUAUUGCUACAGUAUUUGCAAAAAGAGAAGAACAUGUUCAACCACAUGGAAACCCAGCGGUCCAGCUGUCAGUAAGAGCUAAGCUGACUUACAGAGGGACUGAACAAUGUCCAAAGGGAAGAAUGAGGCACAUUUUUUUCAUUUCCAAUUCUACACAAUCACAAAAAUGGGAAAAAGAAAGGAAACGAUCUCUGUGCGGUCUGUAUCUGAACUUCACACAAGACGCCUGCUUUGAAGUUCAGUGUAUUCUACAAAUGUUUAUUUAAAGACAGCUCUUUAUAGAUACAUAGAAACAAACAUCUCCCAGAAAAACUCAUGAGGCAAAUUAAAAACAGAUAAUGAUAAAAUCUUGUACAGUGUGUGCCAGUCAUGGUCCAAAGCCCUCUACACACA